AUGCGUGACGAGCCCAGCCCACCCAUCCUGGGACCAGUGGUGGACAUCACCCACCCAUCCCAGGACCCAUGGCGGGCCCAACCCGCCCGUCCCGGGACCCGUGACAGACAUUGCCCGCCCAUCCCAGGACACGUGGCGGACAUCGACUGCCCAUCCCGGGACGAGUGGCAGGCCCAAGGCCCACCUGUCCCAGUACCAGUGGCGAACAUCGCCCGCCCACCCCAGGACCCGUGGCGGGUCAUCGCCCCCACCCGUACCCCGGACCCAUGGCGGACAAUGCCUGCCCGUUGUGGGGCCUAUAGUGGGUUCAGCUUGCCCGUCCUAGGACCCGUAGCAUGCACGGCCCGCUCGUCCCAGGACCGGUGGCGGGCCCAACCCGCCGGUCCCAGGACCCAUGGCGGACAUCGCCCGCCACCCGUCCCAGGCCCGGCCCGCCCGUCAUGUGACCCGUGGCAGACAUCGCCCGCCCAUCCUGGGACCCUUGGUGGGCCCAGCCCGCCCAACCCAGAACCUGCCGUCCUGGGACCCGAGGCGGACAUCACCCGCCCAUCCCAGCUCCUAUGGCGGGCCCAGCCUGCCCGUCCCAGGAACCAUGGCGGACAUCACCCGCCAGUCCUGGUUCCCAUGGCAGGCCCGGCCCACCAUCCAGGACAAGUGGCGGACAUCGCCUGCCCGUCCCAGGACCCGUGGCGGGCCUUGCCUGCCACUGUCCAACCUCAUCUUCCAGCUGGUCGUUCCGUUCACCCUGGACACCGGCCUUCCUCCCCAGUGACUCCAGGCGACGAUUUCCUUCCUCUAGAAGGCAAUGCCAGCUCGUUCCUCUUGAGUUUUGCCUCCUCAACGUCACACUGGAGUCCACACUUUUCCUUCCAGAGGUCUUCCACUUCCUUCUGCAGGCUUUGGAACCUCAACUCGAGGUCUUUCCUGUUAGAUUCCCUCUUUUCGCUCGCGUCUUUUGUUCCUGGAUGA